GGCCUAAAAUCCUUAAAAGGGACUUAGCCUAUUCUCCGGGAGGUAGUUUUGUGCAUAAAUUUUUUUUAAAAAUUACGUAGUUCACUAGAAUUUUUGAUAAUCAAAGAAUGAUCAUUUAAAAAUAUGAUUUAAUUGUGUGAGCAACAUAAAGAACUGAGUGUAAUGUUGAAUUUGAUUUGUGGGGGUGAAGAGGAAAUGGUUGGAGUUGGAGCAUAUUGCUGAAACACUUUUCAAAGGUAGUGAGGCAUCCUUCUGCUGGCUGCUGUGCAGAAUAGGGACAAAGUAAGUGUGUCAGAUAUUAAGAAUGAAUGACCUUUUUCUAGAACAAAGAAUUAAUAUUCAACUGCCUGCUGAAUUAGACAAAUAUGCAAUCGAGACCUUUGACACUUUAAAAGACUUCUACCAUGACAAAGAAACAUCAGGAACAAAACUUUUUGAUGGGAGCAAUAAACUUAGGGAAAGUAGGAAAGAGAAAUAUGAUGAUUCAUAGAGAUACUAUCCAAUGACUUCCAAGGCUGUUGAUGCUAUUUUAAAAGCCUAAAAGUUAGCAUGUGCCAGUGGUCUAUUCUCUCUCAGAAUAGUGGCUGCUGGUUAAAGUUUAGGAAGUGAAUGGACUCAUUCAGGAAGAACAAUUAUAUAAAAACAGUGAUAAAUGCAGUGUUUUUUAAAAUAACGCUUUUAAUUUGCCAAGACCUACUGUUAUCACUAAGCAACAGUAUUCCUGAUUAUCUAUGAGGAAGUAUGUGAUUAUUGUCUAAUAAAUCUUGUAUAAGAUAUAUGAGUACUAGAUAAUAGUUAACACCAGGUUUUAAAAUGUGUCAGCCAAUAUUUUGAUUUGGAGGCAAAUCUUAGAUUAUUUUGUUUUUCCUGUUAAGAUGAUUGUGAGAAUAGAAGUUACUUAAGUUGAGAAAGAUUUUGAGAACAAUUUAGAUAUAGCUUAUUUUAUUGAAUCCAUCAGUUAAUAAGAAACUUUAUUAUAUUUUGUACCCCCAAGAAGUAAAAAGUCAUGAUAAUUAAGAUAUGACUGGCUAAUAAUGAUAAGAUACCUCUUGCUCACAAGAUCAUUCCAACAUGUGUCUUAGAAACAAUGAAAUACAGCAGUGCGCUCCUUUAUACACUUGAGGUCAGUCUUAGGUUUUUACUCUGGCUAUUGAGUUUGAUCAUUAAAAACAUAAGCAAAGUAAGCAUAAUUCGGCAAUUUCUUGCUGUAGAACACUUACGGAGCAUGGCUUUCUUCUGUGUCUGUGUGAAUCAGAUGUUGUACCUUCCGGCCGGUGGAAUGGCAGCAUAGCAUUCUGGCUUGGAGAAGCUGACCCAACUGUGGCAAUGAUACCGGACACUCAAUGACAUCCACCUGGCCCCAAACACUCUUCACACCUCCAAAGAGUUUUAUUUUCCACCUGAAGUCUCUAUGUGGUAUCACGCAUAAAGAUUGCACCGAACCAAACCAAAGUUGUGCCAGACAAAGACUAACCGUCUCUUCACAUUGUCUCAGCCUGGAAUGUAGAGUCUGAACCCCUAACAUCAUAAGAGGGAAAGAAGGAAAGAUGUUCUGGUCUAAGCAUUCAUCCUAGUACUAAACUGAUCAAUUGUAAAUCCAUGCACAAAACUACCUCCCCAGAGAAAGGCUAGUCCCUUGCCCUCCUCAUUCAUUUCACUAUGAACAUAGAAAACAGCAUAGUCUCAUCCAGUUUGGUGAAGAGCACCAGCGUGUCUGAAUUGAAAUACGACUUUUCGUGCGAACUGUACCGAAUAUCUACGUUUUCGACUUUCCCGGCCGGAGUUCCCAUCUCAGAAAGGAGUCUUGCCCGAGCUGGUUUUUACUACACCGGUGUGAACGACAAGGUCAAAUGCUUCUGCUGCGGUCUGAUGCUGGAUAACUGGAAACCAGGAGACAAUGCCAUUGAAAAGCACAAGCAGCUGUAUCCUAGCUGUAGCUUCGUUCAGAAUCUCAUGCAGACCCUGGCAGCGCGGCUGAAAACGUUCUGUCAUUGGCCAGCCAGCGUUCCGGUGCACCCCGAGCAGCUUGCGAGUGCCGGUUUUUAUUACGUGGGUCACAGUGAUGAUGUCAAAUGCUUUUGCUGCGACGGCGGACUGCGGUGCUGGGAAUCCGGAGACGAUCCGUGGGUGCAGCACGCCAAGUGGUUUCCAAGGAGUGACAGCAUCAUCAUUCAUCUCUUAUCCACUUCAGACACUCCAGAAGAUGAAAAUGCAGAGUCGCCAAUUAUUCACUUUGGACCCGGGGAAAACCCUCCGGAAGACACGGUCAUGAUGAGCACACCGGUGGUGACCGCUGCCUUGGAAAUGGGCUUCGGUCGCAGGCUGGUGAAACAAACGGUUCAGAGCAAAAUCCUAAGGACUGGAGAGAAUUAUAAGACUGUGAGUGAUCUUGUCUUAGAUAUACUCAAUGCAGAAGACGAAAUAAGACAAGAGGAGAAAGAAAAAGCAGCUGAGGAAAAGAAAUCAGAUGAUCUGUCCUUGAUUCGGAAGAACAGAAUGGCGCUUUUCCAGCAUUUGACUUGUGUGCUUCCAAUCUUGGAUAGCCUACUGAUUGCCAGAGUAAUUAAUGAACAAGAACAUGAUGUUAUUAGACAGAAAACACAGAUACCAUUGCAAGCAAGAGAACUGAUUGAUACUAUUUUAGUAAAAGGAAAUAACGCGGCCACCAUAUUCAGAAACUCCCUCCAAGAAAAUGACCCCAUGUUGUAUAAGAAUUUAUUUGUGCAACAGGACAUAAAAUACACUCCCCCAGAGGAUGUCUCCGAGCUGUCCGUGGAAGAGCAGCUGAGGAGGCUACAAGAAGAAAGGACGUGUAAAGUGUGCAUGGAUAAGGAGGUGUCCGUCGUGUUCAUCCCGUGUGGCCAUCUCGUGGUUUGCAAGGAGUGUGCCCCGUCUCUAAGGAAAUGUCCUAUUUGCAGAGGGACCAUCAAGGGCACCGUGCGCACAUUUCUUUCAUGAAGAAGCCCCAAACCUUGUCUAAACGUGUCGAGCGAAUGAACUGAAAUAUCUUGGACUUUUAACUUUGCUGCCAGUUGAGUUUCUUUUAAAAGCUAUUUAUUUAAAACCCAGAGAAAUAAUGUGUCGUAUAAAUAAAUACACGAAGAGUUAAAUAUUAAGGUACAACUAUAUUUCUGAAACAUGUGCAUGUGUUUUGAUAAAGCAGCUAUAGCACUACCAACCCAAUCCUAAAUGAACACUGCCGACCUCAUCAGGGAAGUGAGUUUAAGGUUGUGAGGGGACCUUCCGAAAGUUUCAGGGUUGUGAAGUUGCACCGAGGAGGCUCUGUCGCUUUCAGCCAGGCAGAGGUCUCCGUGUUGCUGACUAACUUGCCAGGCGCAUGGUGACUAAUGCUGUUUUGUGUUCCGUGUGCAGUCAUUGAAUAAAGUAUUUUUUAAUGCUG